AAAAUAAGCUCCCACGGAAUCUCCGCCACCCACCACGUGUCUCGUUCCGAUUGGACCUACCUCCACUCCUCUCCUCGUUUAAAGCCCCCACCCCGAUUCCCAUUUUCCAUUUUACGAGCCUAGAUCUUCUUCUCCUUCGUCGUCGACCGAGACAGGUUUGAGAAUUUUCUUACUGCACUGCAAAGAUGUCGCCAACUGAUUCUACACGCGAGGAGAAUGUUUACAUGGCCAAGUUGGCUGAGCAAGCUGAGCGUUAUGAGGAGAUGGUUGAGUUUAUGGAGAAGGUCGCAAAGACUGUUGAUGUUGAGGAGCUAACUGUGGAGGAAAGAAACCUCCUCUCCGUUGCUUAUAAGAAUGUGAUUGGAGCUAGGAGAGCUUCGUGGAGAAUUAUCUCUUCCAUUGAGCAGAAGGAGGAGAGCAGGGGUAAUGAAGAUCAUGUGUCAAUCAUCAAGGAGUACAGGAGCAAGAUCGAGACCGAACUGAGCAAGAUCUGUGAUGGGAUCUUGAACCUUCUCGAGUCCCACCUUAUCCCCUCAGCAUCAUCUGCUGAGUCCAAGGUGUUCUACCUCAAGAUGAAAGGUGACUACCAUAGGUACCUUGCUGAAUUUAAGACUGGAGGUGAAAGAAAAGAAGCAGCUGAGAGCACAUUGUUGGCUUACAAAUCUGCUCAGGACAUUGCUCUGGCUGAGUUGGCUCCAACUCACCCAAUAAGGCUGGGACUUGCUCUCAACUUCUCAGUGUUCUACUAUGAAAUCCUUAACUCACCAGACCGUGCUUGCAAUCUGGCUAAACAGGCUUUCGAUGAGGCUAUUUCUGAACUUGACACACUGGGUGAAGAAUCAUACAAGGACAGUACUUUGAUCAUGCAACUCCUCCGAGACAAUCUGACACUGUGGACCUCUGACAUCACGGAUGAUGCUGGGGAUGAAAUCAAGGAAGCAUCAAAGCGUGAAUCAGGCGAAGCCCCCGCACAGUGAUGAAUUUGGAUCGUAGGAUAUGUGCUAUGUGUACCUUUAUCUUCAGACCUUUGUAAUAGAUGCCAUGUGGUUGUAGCAGGAUUUCUCUAUGAACUUGACGAUCUCGAGUGCGUCAGCACUUAGAGUUGGAAUAUUCCAACAGAUCGUAAAAUUGCUUUUAUAAUUGGCGAGAAGAAUUUGGUUCAGUGCUUUGAUUGCUCUGCUAUAUGAUUUAGUGUUAAAAAAAAUUAGUGGUUUA